AUGACCACGACACCACCCCUCGCGACGGGUGCCAACCCUCCGAUUCCCGCCGAACAGCUCGCCGCACUUACAUCGCUGCUGUCGGGUCUCACCGCUGCCGCUUCCGGCACUGCCACACCCGCCACGACGUCCGGCACCACUCGCACUGCCUUUCCAAAGCACGCACGCUUGGAUGGUGCGAAGACCUUCGCGAACUGGACACGCCAACUUCGCCUGUGCCUAGCGGACGACAUCCGCUCGUACGUCCUCGACGGUAUCGCACCCGACGACUGGACACCUUCGCAACGCUCCGCUCGCGACGCCGUCGCUCGUGAGGUCCUUGCGAAUUCGAUUGACUCGGCCGAAGUCUCGGCAGUCCUCGACAAAAUCCCUACCGCCGACCUGACAGCGCCGACAAUCUACUCGACGCUGAAAUCGCGGUACGCCCCUGACGACGCCACCCGCACGCUCGAGCUCUUCUCACGACUCUGGGUUUCCGUCCCAUGCCCGGCACGGUUGCCGAAUUCGACGGGUGGAUCAUGGACUUCAAAGCCGUUGCGCAAGAGAUCAUCGACACAAGACAACUAUCAAUGAUGUUCUCGCCACACUCCUCCUUGCAAUCGCCCACCCGUCCCUCGAGAGCUUCAAGGCGUCGUUCACCGAUGAACAGCGCACGCAACGAACUCUCCCCGACAUUGAUUCGCUUGCCGACCGUAUGCGAGUCCAACUUCGGUCAACGAACAUCCCCAGCACUCAAUCGGCCCUUCUUGCCUCGUCGUCGUCACGUUCUACUCGUCUCAAGUGUCUCGCCUGUCGCAGCCCUUCGCACCGAGUCGCGGAGUGCCCUACGAGGGCGCAACACCCGCCGCCAGGACCCUGUCGCUCCUGCAAGAAGAAGGAUCACUGGUCUCUCGACUGCAAGAAGGCGCUCGAGGACGGCAAAAAGCCCGACACCGCUGACUCGACCGUCGACUCGCAACACCAUGUCGGAUGUCUCGCCACCGGUCUUCUCGCUCGUCGUCGCCAGCUUCGCAACCACUCUUUUGUCGUCGACUCGGGCGCCACUUCGCACAUGGUCUCGGACAAGUCGCUGUUCACGACCUAUCGCCAUAUCGCUCCUACGAAGAUUGGUGGUAUUGCAGGGGGCAUCAACGCCAUCGGAACGGGAAACAUCGCCUUCAUUGCCGCCUCGGGUCAUCCGAUCACGCUUACCGGCGUGCUGCACACUCCGGGCCUGUUUGUCAAUCUUCUCUCGGUCUCUCGACUUUGCGACACCGACGAUGUCCGUGUCGCCUUCACAAAACACGGCAUCCACAUUGACAAGGACGGCAACGACAUCGCUGAAGGCGCACGACUCGACGAAGGGCUCUACUUGCUGGACGCUGAUCAUUCCAAAUGUCAGCACCUUGCUCUCCUUUCUCGCUCACAGUCGUCCGUGCCCCUGCUGACUCUCCAUCGCUGCCUCGGCCAUCUCGCACCGUCCUCCAUACAGAAGAUGGUUGCCGCUGGUUUGCUGGAGGGUCUCAGGGCCGGAUAUAGUGACGAAGAGGUAGAGAAGUUUGUCUGCAAUGCUUGCCUCAGCGCAAAGGGCCAUCGUCUUCCCUUUCCCGAUUCGGAUUCGCACUCCUCAGAGAGACUCGGCCUUGUACACAGCGAUGUGCUUUCCUUCCCCGAGCGGUCCUUGACUGGCAAACGUUACCUGGUCACAUUCCUUGACGAUUACUCGCGCAAACUCUGGGCCUACGCAAUCGGACACAAAAGCGAAGUCUUCGGCAUAUUCAAAACUUGGCUAGCCGAGGUUGAACUCGAGACGGGUGCGACGCUGAAGGUCCUCCGAACCGACAACGGUGGCGAAUACUGUUCGAGAGCGUUCACAGAGUUCUGCAAGACACGAGGCACCCGUCGACAAUACUCUAUCCCACGCACGCCUCAACAGAACGGUCGUGCAGAGCGGGUCAAUCGUUCCAUUGUCGAAGGCGUCCUUGCCCUCCUUGUCGACGCCCACCUACCCAAGACAUUCUGGGAGGAGGCUGCAGCUUAUUUCGUUUACUGCAAGAACCUGUGUCAACACGCGGCCCUGGACAAGGCAACACCAAACUCCGUCUGGCAGGGUGACCACACCACUGCCUCGGCGCUUCACCCGUUCGGCUGUACAGCUUGGCUUACGGUCGCGCCCGAACUUCGCUCCAAACUCGACCCGAAGGCGGUUCGACGACGGCUCUAUCGCCCUAUCCCAGGAACGGUACAUCAUGGACGUGCUCGCUCGGUUCCACUUCGACACCACGACUCGCGGCACUACAGUUCCGAUGACUCCCGGCCUUUCGCUCACUGCUAUCCCGGGUCAAGGCACCGAACGGAUCAGGUCAUGGUAUCUGCAGGCUAUCGGCUCGCUCCUCUACAUUUCGCUCGGUACCCGCCCUGACAUCGCCUUCGCCGUGUCCUACCUGGCCCGCUUCGCCAACAACCCCGGUCGUCGUCAUUGGAUUGCGGUCAAGCACAUCCUACGCUAUCUCCGGGCCACGUAUCGCAACGAACUCGUGUAUGCUCGCGGCCAGGCUCGCAUCACGGGUGUGGUAGGCUACUCCGACGCGAACUGGGGGGCCUGCAUCGACACAUCGGUGUCCACCAUGGGCUACGUCUUCUACAUCGCUGGCUCGGCCGUGUCCUGGUCGUCCAAACGCCAGUCUCGAGUUGCCGAUUCGACCACCGACGCUGAAUACCUCGCCCUCUCGCAUGCUGGCAAGGAAGGGAUUUACCUCAGUCAGCUGCUCGAAGAGCUCCAUGUACAACCUGUUGCACCGGCUCACAUCUUUACUGACAACGAAGCCGCUGCUGCAGUUGCUCACGAUCCUGUCCGCGUCUCUGGCACUCGGCACAUACGCUUGCGUGAGCACUUCGUUCGGGACAUGGUGAAUCGGGGCGACAUCUCUCUCUCGCAUGUGGGUACCAGCGACAUGGUGGCCGACAUCUUCACCAAGGCUCUCGGCCCAAAGGUCUUCUCAACGCACUGCUACGCCCUCGGCCUUCGCACUCGACACCCGCGGCUUGGGUCUGCCUCGCAUUCGCGUGGGGGGGGUGUGAAGAGUCCACUCUCAGCUCGACAGGGGCGCCUCGGUCGUUGCGCGCACUUGCUAGCCCGCCCCGGCGGUGGGGACUUAGACGCGCGCGACUGCCUCAGCGCGCCAGCGCCGGCGGAUUCAUGCGCGCGCCCGCUAGCCCGCCCCCUUGCGGUGGGGACUUAG